GUCGGACACUUUUAUAUACUGUCUAUUGUGCAAUGAUGACUUAAAGACGCUUGGAAAUCUGCAUAGCACCAAUUCAGCACCAUGUGGCAGCGGUUCAAGGAUGCCGUGGACUCCAGAAUACAGGAGGAGCAGGCGAGGCAACAAAACAAAUCCGCUGGCAUUUCUCCGCGAACCAAUACGUCGAGGCCUAGAUCAGGCUCAAGAAAUCUCUCGCCGUCGAGACGCCGGGGGAGGAGAGGCACCGAUGCUGAAAGCAAAGUCAUGCCUACGGGCAAGGAACCCGACCCGUCCGAGUUUGAGCCAGAAUUUGUUAUCGGUGAAGAAGGCGACUCAUCGACGCAGCCAAGUAGAGUGAGUACGCCAGCUCCGAAAACGUCUGCCACGUCGACGCUGGCGCCGACAUUAUCAGUUACCGACGAGGAGGGCAAACCCGGAGCUGUGACACAAAGAGACAUCACAGGCGCUAUAGAGCCAAGCAAGGAUGGAGCAACCACAUCUAUUCCCUCACCGCCUCAGGAACUGUCUCCAGACGUGCAACAGCGACUUCGAAAGCUUGAGAGGCUGGAGCCCAAGUAUUCAGAGCUGCUCAAAUCAUACAGAAUAGCCCAUGCGAGGAACAAAUUCAUCGAACCAUUCGAAGCCGCACUUCGUGAGAACACACCUUUAACGUCUAUCAGUGAGCCCGCAGCUCUUGUGGAGUACCUCAACCAAGGCAAUCUCAAGACUAGCAUGGUUUUGGAAGAGCUAAAGCGAGUGACAACUGAACGAGACGACCUCAAGAAGAUGCUUGAAGAUGCGGUGAAGGAAUCAAGAGAGACAAGCGGGGAAUUAGAAAAGCUCAAAGCCGAGAAAUCGGCCCUAGAUGCUCUCAAAGUCAAAUCGAACAAGGAGAAGAGUGAGGAUGAUGGAGAGGACUUAUUUUCGUAUGAAAGCGAGUUGCUUCGUUUACAGGAGGAAGUGCAACAGCACGAGAGCAAAUACAAGGAUUUGCAGAAUGAGAAUGAAAGUCUGAAGGGUGAUCUGACGUCUGCAAAGGAGUCUGCUGAGCGUUUGGCUCGAGAUCUUGAGAUUUCGACACGUGAUCUCCAGGCGAUGCGAGAGAGCAAGGACAGUGCCGAGCAGAAAAUUGUUUCUGAAGGACAAAAAUUGAAAGCGACGAUCGAUGAGCUUGCCGCUCAGCUUCGAACUGCCGAGAAGGAGGCUGAGGCGCAUAAAGAGAGCGCUAUGAGCAAGGACGCACAGUUGACGGAGCUUAAACAAAAGGUUGACGAUACUGGUAAGGAGCUAGAGGCUAUGCGUACUGCGCAUGCAGAUCCCACAUCAACAAGUAUAAAAGCCAAUAAAGAGCUUGAGAGCUUGCAAGAAGAGCUGAAGAACAUUACGGAGAGCCGGGAUCAGGCUCAGAAGCGAAAUCAGACGUUCGAGAAUGUGCUUUCAACUCUUCAAGAGCAGCUUAAAGCCGCAGAGAACGAGAAGGCACGAUUGGUCUCUGAGGUUGAAGCUUUACAAAAGAAAUUAACUUCCACGACCUCGAGCAGCGUGAACGGGGUUUCUAGCACGGCCGCUGCUGAUCCUGCCGUCGAGGCUACAAACGGGAUUUCAACUUCAGCGGGGAAGAAGAAGAACAAGAAGAAAAAAGGAGGCAAACCAAAAGCUGAAACUGACAUCAGGCCAGAGACCCCAGUUAGGGAAGCAGCGGAGGAUGAGAAGCUAGAGGAGCGCGCUCAAACAGUCAGUGAGCUUCAAGAAAAAAUCAAGUCCCUCGAAAUCUUGCUUGAGGAGAAGCAAGUCAUCAUUGCACGUCUUGAGGGCAAGAUCAGAGACCAGGAAGGCAUGCAGGAAGAGAUAGAUAGCCUGCGGGAUGACCUACGUGACUUUGGCCAAGAGCACGUAGAAGCCAAAGACAAACUGAAAGAGAGCGUAAUUGAAAAGAAUAGACUGCAAGAAACGAUAAACAAACUCGAGAAAGAGAUGGCUGAACUAAAAAUAAGUAGCGCAGCUCAUGCUGACAGUGUCGAUGCGCACAAAACCUUGAAGUCAGAAUUUGAAGAGCUCAGGGCGAAAGCAGAAACGUUACAGAGUGACCUGACAGCAGCAGAGCAGCUUGCAGCCUCCAGGUUCAAGGAUCUCACUGAGUUGAAGGAUCUUAUGGCUAAAGUUCAGCCUGAAUUGACUUCACUUCGAGCGGAAGUUGCAGAAUUACGGAAGUCGAAGGUCGAGCUUGCAGCUCGAAAUGCCGAGAUUCGCAGGCUGGAAUCAAGGGAAAAGGACCUGAAGGCCGAGAUUUCGAGGCUCACUUCACAGAUGAGAGAGAAAGACACUGAGAUUAGAUCCUUGAACGACAAACUCGCUCAUAGUAAUUCCCAACGCAGCUCCUUGGAGGAAAGUCUGCGCAAAGUGCAAAGAGAUCUGCAACGCUCACAAGGUGAAAAGACUGAGGUCACGGAGGCGAAAGAGAAGCUGAACAAAGAUCUUGGUCGAACAAGGAGCGAGCUAGACAUGGCAAACUCAAAUCUUCAAAGACUCGAGCAGCAGGUAAAGAAAUUUGAAGCUGAUGCCGCUUCCAUGCGCGAAGAGCUAGAGCUCAAGACUGCUCAAUACGCCAGUGCACAGAGCUUGAUGAAUAGCAUGCAAGAUCAGGCGCAAGAAAUCGGAGCGCAAAUGAAAGAAGUUCGCGAGAGAUGUGAGAGCUUGGAGGAAGAGCUGGCAGACGCUCAUCGGUUGCUCAGCGAGAGAAGUCGUGAGGGCGAGACCAUGCGACGAUUACUCAAUGACAACGAGUCUAGAGCUGAGUCAAGGAUCAAGGAGAUGCGUGCUCGUAUGGAUCUAGCCAUCGAAGAGCGAGAUCGAGCAGAGGAGCAAGCAAGCACCAUGAACCGACGAAGAGCCCGCGAACUUGAAGAACUAAAAGCUAAACUCAAAGACGCUGAACGAGCACUGACGCGGGCAGUCGAGGAAAAGGAGCAACUUGAGCGUUCUGAGUCAGAUAUCCGCCGGCAGAAAGAGGAGAUGGAGAAGAAGACCCGUGCUGAAGAGGAUGAAGUUAAGGAAAUUCGAACCGCCAUGAGUCAACUCAGGGAGGCACUCGACGAGACGGAGAAGCAGCGUGGCGAGCUUGAAAGGGAGCGAGCAGACCUGAAGCGCUCCCUUGAAGAUGCGACGUCCCGUCUUGAAAAGCUACAGAAGAGUUCCAAGGCCAUGGCAGAUGAGCUUAAGGCCAUGAAGUUAAGGACGUCCAUCGAUCCUAGCAUCCAGUCCUCUUCACGCUCUAGCCUUGAGUCUUCUCGGUCGCCCAGCCGUUUAGGUUCACCAACUCCGAGCGGACCGCUGAGUAAAGGCCGUGUAGGUAGCUUGGCCAGUGGCGAAGCUGGAGGAAGUAAUCCUCAGAUGGAUUAUGUGUAUCUGAAGAACGUGCUACUGCAGUUCCUAGAGCAGAAGGACAAAAAGCAUCAGCUGCAGCUUAUACCUGUACUGGGCAUGCUGUUACAUUUUGAUAAGAAAGACGAGCAAAGAUGGAUGAGUGCUGUUAGUGCCCGGUAGUUUGUAUUAGUAUCAUAUUCACAGGAUGUUUCGAGCUUUUAUUAAUCGGUCAUAGCUCAUAUGAAUGACAUCAGAUGCAUACAGCAACAAGUAGCCUCCUGGCUUUUAAGAGAGUCUAUAUGCAGACUUGAUUUCUCGAAACGCUUUUUGUUGUGCC